GGGCAGGAAGAGAUGGCAGCUGGGGAGACUCAGCUCUACGCGAAGGUCUCCAACCGGCUCAAAGGCCGCAGCGCACCCUCACUCCUGGACUCCCUCCUGGGGAUGGGCUUCCCAGUGCACACCGCGCUAAAGGCAUUGGCAGCUACUGGGAGAAAGACGGUGGAAGAGGCAUUGAACUGGCUGCACUGUCAUUGCAAUGACCCUUCUCUAGAUGAUCCCAUCCCCCAGGAGUACGCCCUCUUCCUCUGCCCCACGGGAUCCCUGCUGGAGGAGCUUCAGGAGUUCUGGAGAGAGAGCAAGCGUCAGUGCACCAAGAACAGAGCUCACGAGGUCUUCCCUCACAUCACACUCUGUGAAUUCUUCACGUGUGAGGACCACAAGGUGGACUGUCUGUAUGAGGCUCUGAAGAGGGCUGGCGACGGGGUGCUGGGCUCCUUCCCCUCGGCGGUCCCCCUGGUUCUCCAUUCUUCUGUCAGCUACCUGGGCUUCUUCGUGAACGACAGCCCUGCAGACAUCAUCCGGGAAUUCGCCAUGACCUUCGCCACGGAAGCAUCCAUCUUAGCAGACUGCACCGUGAAGCCUUGCACCAAGCAGCUGCACCUGACGCUGGCCCACAAGUUCUACCCCCACCACCAGAGGGCGCUGGAGCAGCUGGCCAGAGCCAUCCGCCUGGGCCCCGGCUGCCAGUGGACCGCAGCGCUGUACUCCCGAGACAUGCGCUUCGUGCACUACCAGACCCUGAGAGCCCUAUUCCAGUACAAACCCCAGAACGUGGACGAGCUGACACUGCGUCCUGGCGACUACAUCUUUGUGGACCCCACUCAGCAGGAGGAAGCCAGCGAGGGCUGGGCCAUUGGGAUCUCGCAUCGGACCGGCUGCCGGGGCUUCCUGCCAGAGAACUACACGGAGCGGGCCAGCGAGUGCGACACCUGGGUGAGGCACAGGACGUACACCUUCAGCCUGGCCAUGGACCUGAACUCCAGGAAGGAUGGUGAAGCCAGUAGCAGGCAAAAUGGGGAGCUGCCUCCCCCACAAACACCUGGGGGCAUGAACAACAUGCAGGCCUUGCAGGCAUCUAUAGCAAGGAGGAGUGUCUUGGUGGUGCGCCACGGGGAGCGGGUGGACCAGGUCUUCGGGAAGUCCUGGCUGCAGCAGUGUCUCACUCCUGAUGGGAAGUACUACCGGCCAGACCUGAACUUCCCUUGCAGUCUGCCCAGGCGGAGGAGUGGUUUCAAAGAUUUUGAAAACGAUCCACCAUUAUCAUCUUGUGGAAUUUUCCAGUCCAGAAUGGCAGGAGAAGCACUACUGGACAGUGGCGUUAGCAUCACCUCCGUCUUCACCUCCCCGGCCCUCCGCUGUGUGCAGACAGCCAAACACAUCCUGGAAGAGCUCAAACUGGAGAAAAAAGUUAAGAUAAGAGUGGAACCCGGCAUCUUUGAAUGGACAAGGUGGGAGGCCAGCAAAAGCAUCCCAAACCUCCUGACCCCGGAGGAGCUGAAGGAGGCGGAUUUCCAUGUCAGCACCGACUACAGGCCCGCGGUCCCCCUGGCCUCCCUCAUGCCAGCCGAGAGCUACGAGGAGUAUGUAGACAGGUGUGCCAUGAGCGCCAUCCGGAUGGUCAGCACCUGCCCGCAGGACCUGGGCAUCAUCCUGAUCGUGGGCCAUGGCUCGACACUGGACUCCUGCACGCACCCGCUCCUCGGACUGCCACCCCGGGACUGCAGGGACCUCGCCCAGCUAGUGAGAAAGAUCCCUUCUUUGGGUAUGUGUUUCUGUGAAGAAAAUAAAGAGGAAGGAAAAUGGGAGCUGGUGAACCCUCCCGUGAAGGCGCUGACCCACGGCUCAAACUCAGCGUUUAACUGGAGGAACUGGGUCCUGGGCAGCUAAGAGACACCUCUGUGUUUUGCACAACUUCACACUGCAAGGGCUGCGAGAUACCGGCAUUUGCAGGUGUCUUGAUCUGGCCGGAUACGACCUUAAGAGGCACAAAACACUCUAAGAUUCCAGGAUGCAUGCCAACUGCCUCCACCUUUGUAACUGCCACCUGCAGAUGGGUUAUCCUAUGAGCCAGGGCCCUGGGCCGUGUGUACCAUGUGGCCUGGAGUGAAAUCAACAACUGUGACUGGUUCCCUGGAAUUAAAGACCCAUCCCCACUGAAAGGCUGUCCACACUGAAGACAAUCCACUUUGUUUCGUGUAAUUAGCUUUCUGCGUUCUACUUCAGUCACGGUGGCCAUGUCCACAAAGGCUGGUGGAGGCACAAUAUGCAAUAAAAUGGAGCAGGAACCCAUGUACAAGACGAACCAGGAGCCCGCCGACCGCUGUCCACACCCUGGUGCUAGCGUCCUGUUUCUGCUGUCACGAAUCACCGCCACAGAGUGCUAACCAGGGUCAGCACAGGUGUAGAAACACAGAUCAGUCUGGUUGCAGUUCUGGUCAGAAGAUGGGGGAGCAGGCACCAUUCCUCCGCAGGCUCUGGGGGAAGCACCCUUUUCCUGCCCUCUCCAGCACCUUCCUCCUUCUUACAAGCAGCUGUGCCAUUCAAAUUUCUCUCCAUCCCUCUGCCCUGCCUUCUGCCUCUGACCCUCCUGCCUGCCUGUUGUGUGGACCCGUGAUGACACCAGGCCACCGAUGACCAGGGCAGUCUCCCUUUCUCAAGAUCCUUAGCUUAAGCCAAGUGGCAAAUUCCCCUUGGUGGUGGGAGGGAACAUGGGUCUGGGGACAGGAGGUGGGCGUCUUGGGGGCCACUCCGCAGCCACGCACCCAGCUGCCUCCACAGGGGCCCAGCGGGGGGUUGACCCUGAGCAGGUCGCUUCAGCGUCUCCUUUUCUACUUUUUGAUCAGGUGGCUGGUGGGCUUUGCCAAUGGGGGGUGGGGGGAAGGUCCUGCCCUAGCAGAGGGGACCCGGCCGCAUGGUGAACGCUGCCACGAUGGUGUGGCUCCAGGGGUGCCUCUGACCUAAGCUGCUCCAGGUGGUCAGUGGGCAUCUCCCCAGCCCCCCUGCAGGUCACACCUGCCCCCACAGCCAAUGCAUCUGGUGCCUGGAAUGAAAUCCCACCACGCUCGGGAAGGCCCGAUAGCCUUUCUUCCAUCCCACCCUGUUCCAGUUCUGACAUUGUUUCGCAGGUGUGGUUUGGGACUGGCUGGCCUGCAACUGGCCUUUUACAGGGAACACGGCGGGAGGAGGCCCCAGCUCACCUCCUCCCCUGGUAAGGCGGGAGCCUCAUCCUGUGGGCUGGGGACGGGGGCCAGAACCUCGAGGGGCAGCCAGCAGUGGUCAGACGGAGGGAGGCCGACCCUCCCUGCCUGGCUUCUUCGUCCAACUCUGUCUCCUGAGAAAGAAAAUGCUUUUGUCCCUGAUUUUACUUUCCUCCUGAUGUCAUGUUUCUGUCUCCAAAUGUGAGGAAGUUUAAGCAACACAGAGCAGAGGGCAGAGGGCAGCAUGCCCAGGUCACCCCAGGCCUGGUCUGCACCACAGAACAGCCUUCAGGGCCAUAACCCUAGUGCCUCCCGACAGG